GACAGUGGAGGGUGGAAAGUGCUGCGUUUCCACCCUUCGUCAGCUUCGUCCCGUUCGGAGCAGUCAGCAGCGCGUCGUGCAGCUUCGCGCCACGUGCUUCUCGCGAUCCCACCUGCCUAUCCUGCCUGCGCAAUCGAGAAACCACGCGAAAAAUGAUGCCCUCUGUCCACGAUGGGACCAUCCGAGGGGACAUCCGAGGAGACAGGCGGUUCUAACCAAAUGCAUCUGUCCAACUUUGAGGAUAUCGAGGACACCUUUGCUGUCAUCGUGACCACGUGUCGACAUUAACUUCGCAACAACGUCAAAACGCCAACAACUCAAACACGUGCGUUUGAGUGCGCGAAUUAUCGAAUGAUUCUGUUGUGGAACGGAUUGAUGAACGAAUUCUCACACAAAGGAAGCGAGGAUCAGGCUUGGAACAUUAUGAAGCCGAAGGUCCUGCUGGCCCUCGCCAACCUCUUCAUCACUUCUUACGCUUUCUUUCUAACGGUUGCGAGUGCGAGAAUUUCCAUCAGGCAGCGCACGCAGAGCAACAAUCACAGCAAUAUCAGCGAUCUGUUGGACAAUCUGCUGCGCGGCUACGACAACAGCAUCAGGCCGGACUUUGGUGGGCCUCCGGCUACCGUCGAGGUCGAUAUCAUGGUACGCAGCAUGGGUCCCAUUUCCGAGGUGGAUAUGACAUACUCGAUGGACUGUUACUUCCGGCAGUCAUGGGUCGACCGACGCUUAGCGUUCCAAAGCGGUAAAGAAACGCUCGCGCUGAGCAUCUCCAUGCUGGCGAGGAUCUGGAAGCCCGACACGUACUUCUACAACGGCAAGUACAGUUACUUGCAUACGAUUACCAGCCCGAAUAAGUUCGUCAGGCUGUACCAGGACGGCAGAGUACUCUAUAGCUCAAGACUUACAAUCAAAGCGGGAUGCCCGAUGAAUCUCGAAGAUUUCCCGAUGGACACGCAGAGAUGCCCAUUGCAGUUCGGCAGUUUCGGCUACACUACACGCGACGUAAUCUACAAAUGGAACAGCGCGCGGCAGGUGGCUAUAGCGGAGGACAUGAAACUGUCGCAAUUUGAUCUGGUCGCCAAUCCUACCGCAAAUCACUCAUCCACACCAGGUCUGUCGCAUGCGGAGUACUCGAUGCUCCUGGUGUACUUCCACUUGCAAAGGCACAUGGGUAACUUCCUGAUACAGGUAUACGGUCCGUGCGUCCUGCUGGUCGUCCUGUCCUGGGUAUCCUUCUGGUUAAAUAGAGAAGCCACCGCCGAUAGAGUGUCCUUGGGCAUAACUACCGUCUUGACGAUGACAUUCUUAGGACUCGAGGCACGAACCGACCUACCAAAAGUUCCUUACCCCACUGCCCUGGACUUUUUCGUCUUCCUUUCGUUCGCUUUUAUAUUCGCCACGAUAAUACAAUUCGCGGUGGUCCACUAUUUCACCAAGUACGGCUCAGGCGAGUGUUACUUCAGCUCCGAUUUAAGCGACACCGAUAGCUCGAGCGAAGAGGAGGAGAUGGCCAGGGGAAGACGUGUGAAAAAUCAAGCGGCUCGUCGGAAAAGUUCCGCCAGUUCUGGCGUACGAGGACCGACGCGUGGCGGCCGCAACUUCACGAUGAACGGCGAUGGCAUGAUCGAGGUGAUACCGCUCUCGGCGAUCUCGAUACCGGACAGGGAUCCCGCGAUGGGCCCGCAUUGGCAGAUAUCCUGCGUGACCUGCAGUCCGCCACCGCGGCAACCGCCGCCGCCGCCGCCGUCCAAGAGAACGACGCCGCGGCCGGGUGAAAAACGACGACGCCGACGAACACCCAGAUAUAAUUCCGUGUCGAAGAUUGACCGUGCCAGUCGCGUGGUGUUUCCGCUCUUUUUCCUGGCCAUCAAUCUCUUCUACUGGUACGCGUAUCUGUCGCGCAGCGAACGGAUGCAAUAUUACAAUGUCGUGAAUGCCGCGUGAUGCCGCGUGUCCGAGCCGCCCGCGCCGCGGCGAAAGCAAAAGCGGGAAAAGGGAAUUAGCGCUGGGAAUUAGUCUGUGCAAUUGUACGGCGAACUGGCGAUCAAGAACGAAUCACUUUUUGCCGGAGGAACAAAAAGGAGACGAAUCUUCGCGUGACAAUUCUGCACGUGACUGAAAAUCGCGACUACAUAUUUUAUUUUUUAUCCCUGUGAAAUGAUGCCCGAAGAAAUAACAAGACAAAUUCGCAAAUGCAUUUACGCAUAAGUGCGUACAGCUACGUAUGUUUCCCUUCGUGUAAAAACGACGAGACUGGGAACGGGUCGAAAUUUUAGAGGAAACUUUACCGCUAGCAAAAGUUGUGCGUGAGUUCGAGUAUCGAUCGAAAUUAUCUAAUUACGCCGCGCGGGAAACGCGCUCGAGAAUACGUAAAACAAACAGAGAAAAUGAGAUCAAGAGAAACCCAACUAUAGAGCAUACAAUAUAUAUCGUAAGAGCUAAGCCUCCUGUAAGUAUUCCUGCCAAGUAAACGUACAUCAAAAUAUCGCGCGAAAAGAAUGUUGUAUUAAUAUAAUAUAGUUUUAUAUUUACACAUUCUCCCUCUCUGUCUCUUUACAGCUCUGCCUGAAAAAGAAGAUAUAUUACCGCUACUGAAAUACAACUUGUCAAACUAGUAAAAAUGAUUGUGUGUA